AUGGACAGAACACUGGCCACAAACAUCCGGGAGUACCGCGCCCAAGACACGCCUGCGGGCAUCACCGAGAGGAGGGGGAGGCGCAACUACGGCGACCAGCUCAAGGAGAGGAAGGGGCAACAAUGUUACGUGCGUAGGCCGCAGGGGGAGCUCAGCGCACAGAGGAAGUGGCUUUGUUUUGUCCCUUCCCCCAGAUUCUGCAGGAUCUGCUCUGAAAACAUGUACGACAGGAGUUCUUCCCAGUCACCCUCAGACUCCGGACACGUCCCUUCUUUGCCUUUCUCUUCUAAUUACUGUAACGAACCAAACGAAUCUGGAUUCUACAGAGAAAGUGCAGAGUUUUACCCUAACUUUCAACAAAACGUGUCAUUCCAGCAGCAGGCCUCACCGUAUCCCCAGCAGGGCCUUCAUCAGCAGCUCCAGCAGUACUCCCAACUCCAGAACGUGGACUACAACUGCUACGAGCCCGGCUUCAACCACAACUACGGGGCUCAGCAGGGGGCGCCGUUCCAGUCUGAGGGAGCUCAGCAGGGGGCGCCGUACCAACAGUUCCACCUGGAGCCAAACGAGCCACAGAGUUAUAACGAGAUAAAAACUGAACAAGAGUUUUACCCACCGCAGAGACCGGAGCAGAUCCCGCAGACUCCAGAGAAGAAGAAGCGUGGCCGUCCCUGUAAAAGCGCUGCUCAGACUCCAGAGCAGGAGGCUGCAAAGAAGAGACGGCAGCUGAACCGCUUCGACGGUCUGUCUGUGGAGGAAGUGAUGUCACGCACACUUCCUGAUGUCAUCGAGGAGCAGCUAGACAUCCUCAUUAUUGGGAUCAAUCCGGGUUUAUUGUCAGCGUACAAAGGACAUCAUUACCCCAACCCCGGGAACCACUUCUGGAAGUGCCUGUUCCUGUCCGGUUUCACUGAGAAGCAGCUCCACUAUCUGGACGACACAAGUUUACCUCAGAGGUACGGGAUUGGCUUCACUAACAUGGUGGAGAGGACCACUCCGGGGAGCAAGGACCUCAGCAGUAAGGAGAUCCGUGAAGGGGGAAAGCAGCUGCUGGAGAAGCUGCAAAAGUACAAACCUCUCAUUGCUGCGUUUAACGGCAAAGGCAUCUACGAGAUCUUCUGUAAAGAGACGUUUGGAGUCAAAGCUAAAAACCUGGAGUUCGGGCUCCAGCCGCAUAAGAUCCCAGAGACAGACACGGUUUUGUUCCUGAUGCCCUCCUCGUCUCCUCGCUGCGCUCAGUUCCCAAGAGCCACAGACAAAGUGCACUUCUACAUCAGGCUGAAGGAGCUCAGGGACAGACUGAAGGGGGCGCCAGAGAGCAGAGACGUGGAAGAGACACGCUACUCCUUUGACCUGCAGCUCGCCAAAGAAGAUGCCAAACGUUUGGCCAUAAAAGAAGAACAGCCCGAUCCAGAGUACGAGAGCUGCGCUGGGGUGGCCUCCCACAUGAGCCCUGAGGGGGAGACACGAGAGCUCAGGGACUGA